UCACCACCCCGGAAGUGAACUUUUGUUGUUGAUGCGGAAGCAGAGAGAGGCGAGACUUUAAAGAUGUUAUGCGACUGAAGUUUUGAUAUAUAAUGAAACUUAAGUAGCUGGUAACAAGUUAAACCAAUAAGAUAAUUCUCGAGUUAACAGUUGAAUCUAAAGUUUGAGCCAGACAUUAACCUCUAGAUGGCUGGAGGUAACUUACAGAAAGCUAUAGAUCUCGCCAGCAAAGCUGCAGAGGAGGACAAAGCCAAAAACUACGAAGAGGCCCUCCGAUGCUACCAGCAUGCAGUGCAAUACUUCCUUCAUGUCAUCAAGUACGAGACUCAGGGUGACCGAGCAGCGCAGAGCAUCAGAGCCAAGUGUGUGGACUACCUGGACCGAGCCGAGCAGCUGAAGGAAUAUCUGAAGAAGAAGGAGAAGAAUCCUUCGGCCAAACCUGUCAAAGAGUCUGAUGACAAAGGGGAUGAAAGUGGUGAUGGGGACGACACAGAGAAAAAGAAGUUCCAAAAUCAACUCUCAGGUGCCAUUGUCAUAGAAAAGCCAAACAUUAAGUGGGACGAUGUAGCCGGACUUGAGGGGGCCAAAGAAGCCUUAAAAGAAGCCGUGAUCCUGCCCAUCAAAUUCCCUCAUCUGUUCGUCGGAAAGAGAACUCCUUGGAGGGGGAUCCUCCUGUUUGGCCCUCCAGGAACGGGGAAAUCCUACCUGGCCAAGGCGGUGGCCACGGAGGCCAACAACUCCACCUUCUUCUCCGUCUCCUCCUCCGACCUCGUGUCCAAGUGGUUGGGAGAAAGUGAAAAGUUGGUGAAGAACCUGUUCUCUUUAGCCCGAGAACACAAGCCGUCGAUCAUUUUCAUCGAUGAGGUCGACUCUCUCUGCGGCUCCAGGAGCGAGAACGAGAGCGAAGCAGCGCGCAGAAUUAAGACAGAGUUCCUCGUCCAGAUGCAAGGUGUUGGAAAUGAUAACGAGGGGAUCCUGGUCCUGGGAGCCACCAACAUACCGUGGACACUGGACUCUGCAAUCAGGAGGAGGUUUGAAAAGCGGAUCUACAUUCCUCUGCCAGACGGGCACGCCCGCUCCUUCAUGUUCAAACUGCAUCUGGGCUCCACCCCUAACAAACUGACGGAGGACGACUUCGCCACUCUGGGCAAAAAGUCACAGGGCUACUCCGGAGCGGACAUCAGUGUUAUCGUUAGAGACGCCCUCAUGCAGCCCGUCAGGAAGGUUCAGUCAACCACUCACUUCAAAAAGGUUCGCGGGUCAUUAUGGAACAAUCCCGACGUUGUGGUGGAUGACCUCCUGACUCCGUGUUCUCCGGGUGAUCCCGACGCCAUAGAGAUGACGUGGAUGGACGUCCCUGGAGAGAAACUUCUAGAGCCAGUCGUGUCCAUGCAUGACAUGCUGAGGUCGCUGGCAAGCACCAAGCCGACAGUGAAUGAGGAGGACUUGGAGAAGCUGAAGAAGUUUACAGCGGAUUUUGGUCAAGAAGGCUAAUAACACUCAACACUCCUCAUACUCCUUUAAUAAGACUGUAACUAACAAUUAUUUUCACGGUCAAUUAUGCUUGUGAUUAAUCGAUUAAUCUUUAUCGUGUCAAAGAGUGAAAAAUGGUUGAAAAUGUCCAUCGACAGGUUACAGGAACACAGACUUCUUUAGUUUUGUGUUCUGAUUAAUGGUGAUUCUAACCGAUCAAGGCAGUGGUAGACCAGCAACUCCUCUGUGUUCUACGAGGUAAAAUUACUGUUUUUGUCAAUGGAGUCUGGUGGCUUUGAAGAGAGCAUAGAUAACAGCUUCAAUUCCUGGUCGGAAACGUCUGUCUGACGUCAAG